CUCAUGGGACUGGAUGCUCACUGGUAAAGCUGUUUUCUUCCAGGUGCUCCUUUUGACCUUGCUCUGUUUCCCCUGCUGAAAAGGUCAAGUACACGAUGAGCAGAGUUGUGCCUAUCUAACAAGCAUCCUACCUUUUCCCAUGGUAGCAGGACCAUUUCACAGUGAAGUGCUCCCAGCAGAGAAAUGCAGGGCUGAACUGCCAGCGUUGGGGAUGUCUCCAGAGCUGCAUCUGUAGCCAUCUCAGCUCGGGCCAGGCAAUUAGUGGAGGGCAAACAUUUCACACUGAAAGAGACUGGAGGAAUACCCCAAGAGGCCCCUUUUUUUCACAAGCAUGUGUGAGCCCUCAUGUCCUUUGGGCUUACUGCAGGCCGAAUGUACUGGAAGGAGCAGCUCCUUUGCUUAGUUUGAAGCAGAAUAAAAGACCUAAAAUGCGGAGAAUCCUGAAGAUGUCCUGGGAGAGGGGAGUUCGGUGCCUUAAAGUAGUUGCAUGGACAACAGAGAAUGAAAAAGCCUGAAGACAGAUGUCCUGAAAUGUGUUUAUUACCAUGCAUUAAAGCAGGGUAUGGUCACUGGCUUAAAAAGACCUUGAAACAUUAAGGCCAGAACUGAAUUACGGAUGUGAUGAAUUAAGAGAGCUACUUGAGCGGGUCGCGCUGGAGCAGCCUGCCCGGAUGAACGGUGGCUGUGCAGGACACUGAAGCAAGGCGUUCAGCUGGCAGAUCCAUCAGUCCUUGGCAGGUGAGAAAAGAGCAGCUGGGAGAGACAACCUCUGCUGGUGGCAGUCAGAAGAGGAUGUUUGGCCGCAGCCUAAUUCUGCCAAAGAAAGUGAAAGAUGAAGCCUCUUGUUCUCUUGGUUCUUGUGAUCUGUACUGUAGUCAGCAUGAAUUUGAAGCUCGUAUCAAAGAGAAAUUCUGGUCCACAAGACUACACGGAGACACUUUUCCCUGCUAGAGACAACUGGAGACUUUCCUGGGAUGCUGGAGAGCAGCUGGGCAGUGUUGAUGGUUGCAUUGACUGGUCAGUGGAUCUCAAGACAUACAUGGCUUUGGCAGGUGAACCAGUCCGAGUGAAAUGUGCCCUUUUCUACAGCUAUAUCAGAACUAAUUAUAGCAUGGCCCAAAGCACAGGUCUUAGGCUUAUGUGGUACAAAAACAAAGGAGACUUAGAAGAACCCAUUAUAUUUUCUGAAGUUAGGAUGAGCAAGGAUGAAGAUUCAAUAUGGUUUCACUCGGUUGAGUUGCAAGACAGUGGUUUCUACACGUGUGUUCUAAGAAACUCAACGUAUUGCAUGAAGGUGUCCAUGUCCUUGACAGUAGCUGAGAAUGAAUCUGGGCUUUGCUACAACAGCAAGAUCAGAUAUCUGGAAAAAUCAGAAGUCACUAAGAGAAAGACAAUCUCCUGUCCUGAUAUUGAGGAUUACAAAACAGCCAGUCAAGAGCCAGAUGUUGUAUGGUACAAGGAAUGUAAGCCAAAAAUGUGGAGAAGUAUUGUAAUUCAAAAGGGAAAUACUCUUUUAAUACAAGAAGUCCAGGAAGAAGAUGGAGGAAAUUAUACCUGUGAACUGAAGUUUGAAGGCAAGCUUAUACGAAGAACAGUUGAAUUGAAGGUUACUGCAUUACUCACAGACAAGCCUCCAAAGCCAUUGUUCCCCAUGGAGAACCAGCCAACUGUUAUAGAUGUCCAGCUGGGCAACCCGCUGACCGUGGCCUGCAAAGCUUUCUUUGGAUUCAGCGGAGAGUCAGGCCCAAUGAUCUACUGGAUGAAAGGGGAAAAAUUCAUAGAAGAAUUAGAAGGUCACAUCAGAGAAGGCGAAAUCAGACUCCUUAGAGAACAUCUUGGAGAAAAAGAAGUUGAAUUGACAUUGAUCUUUGACGCUGUAGAGGAGGCAGAUCUGGCGAACUAUACAUGUCAUGUAGAAAACAGGAAUGGACGGAAACAUGCCAGUGUUCUUCUGCGCAAGAAAGAUUUGAUCUACAAAAUAGAGCUUGCUGGAGGUUUGGGAGCCAUCCUUCUUCUGCUUAUUUUGCUGGUGACCAUCUAUAAGUGCUACAACAUAGAGUUAAUGCUCUUCUACAGACAGAACUUUGGAGGAGAUGAAGCAGCAGAUGACAACAAGGAAUAUGACGCAUAUCUUUCAUACACCAAAGUGGAUCCCGAUGCAUUAGAUUGUGAUAAUAACGAAGAGGAGCACUUUGCACUGGAAAUCCUGCCAGACGUUCUCGAAAAGCACUAUGGAUAUAAGCUCUUCAUUCCAGAUAGGGACCUGAUUCCUAGCGGAACCUACAUUGAAGAUCUCACAAGAUGUGUUGAGCAAAGCAGAAGACUCAUUAUCGUGUUAACUCCAGACUAUGUUCUCAGGAGAGGAUGGAGUAUUUUUGAGAUGGAAAACAGACUCCAUAACAUGCUAGUCAGUGGAGAAAUCAAAGUUAUUUUGAUUGAGUGUACUGAAUUAAAAGGGAAAGUGAAUUAUCACGAAGUGGAAUCUUUAAAGCACACCAUCAAACUUCUAUCAGUGGUGAAGUGGAAAGGACCAAGAAGCAGCAAACUGAAUUCUAAGUUUUGGAAGCGCCUAGUCUUUGAAAUGCCAGCAAAGAAAAAGGAGGUGGUGUCUCGGCGUCAGGUCCUGGAUUCUGCGGAGCAGGGCCUUUUUGGAGACCUCCAGACUGUACCCUCCCUUGCCGUUACAGGCACUUCUGCCACGUUGGUAGAAUCACGGGCUGAUUUAACUGAUUACCAUCAAGCAGAUUCUGUGCAAAUGAGACAUUAUUGCAGAGGAUACGAAUACGACGUGGCAGCAGCAACAUUGCCUAUAGCUUCCAUAAGCAACCACCACACAUACUGUAACAUACCUUUGACACUACUAAACGGACAGCUACCUCUUAACAAUACCAUGAAGGAUCCCCAGGAGUUUCACAGGAACAACCCCUUGCUACCUUUAUCAGCAAGGGAGCUUAGCUUCACCAGUGAUAUCUGGUAGCGAAGAUCAGGACGCUUCUGAGAUGCUUCAUGACUGCCAUGAAGACGUGUUUUUAAAGAACUUUGCCCAAACCCCAUGGGACAACAAAUCAUAUUUGAAGCAGCGGCACACUUAUUUGCUUUUCUACUUGAACUUUUUUGUUUACAUUUACAAAUUAUUGACAAAGGGGGCAUUCUUUUGUAAGUCAGUAAUGUCCUUCCUGUCUUUUAAUGUACAGCUUGAUUGCUUCUUAAAAAAAAAAGGGGGAGGGGGGAGAGAAAAAACACAUCCCAUCAUUCUACAGUAAGUUUACAAUCUGGGAUGGAUAAAAGUUCACUGUAUAUGAUCUCCAGCAUCCAUAGUUAUGUAAUAGUAUUUGAAAUACACAGAAGUUGUUGGUUUUUUCAUAUGAACUUCAGUACGGUUUGAAAUUCUAAUAUCAUAUCAUGCCACAAAAAUGAUUAUCUCCUGCACAGACCACAAGGGGUGAAUCAUUCUCAAAAGGAAGGAGGAGGAAAUCUUCCCAGUAACAUUCUCUUUUAAAUGCAUUUUAGAAGAUGACCAGCUGAAACAAUGCAGAUGAAUCUUUAUUGGUAAAGUGCAUAGUAACAGUUACUGCAGAAUAAAUCACCUGCUUGCAUCAGCAUCCCUUCAUUUUAUUAUUGAGGCAUGUUGUAUUCCUAGUGAAUGAUUAGCAAUGUGUUUUUAUUAAACAACUUACUAGAAUAUUGGAAGAUGUUUAGGAGGAUUUAAAACAAUUUUUCUGUGGAUUAUAGAUUAUUUCAUAAUUUCUCAAGGUUUUUAAUGGCAUUUUUUAAAAUUAGGUAUAAAUUUGUUGGUGAAUUCAUUGAUUUGAAAUUUCGUAAGAUCUCUUGAGCUGUUUUAAGAUUUGUAGUAAAGGCAAUGUAAUUUUACAUAGCUUUUUCCCCCAAAUCAAUAGUUACAAUUUCAAAUUAACCUUUUUCUGAGAACAUCAGCAAUAGAAAAUAAUUACUACAGCAAUAUGCAGAGAUGAAGUGCUAAAUUAUUCACGUUUACUAGUAGUCUGACUUCAAUUGCAGUGAUAAUCACCUGAGACAAGUUCUUUCCCAAUCUACCUGUCAGUUUAUACCUUUAAAAUAUAGCUGAAGCAGGAAUAUUUCCGCUCUCUGUGCAAGCAGUGAAAAGCGAUAUUUUUAAAAAGCUGGCCAGGUCUUGCAUUUCUCACUUCUGCACAUGGUCCCAUCAGUCACAUGAGGAUACUGUCAUUUACCUUCUGC